CUGCGUUUCUCGUACAGCAAGCAACACAGCAAAGCAAAGUAACAAGCUUUUGAGAAUCAUCAUCACAUUACACUCCAUUUCAUACCCAUUCAAGGACGAACGAAAACUUGUGCACUCGUCCUCAUCCUCCUGCUCAAGUCCACAUCACAAAUUCAAUCACUGCACCUCAACCCUCUUAUCUUUCUCGACGUCUCUAUUAACAAAAUAGAGAAGCAGGAUCGUCGGUUACGUCACACGAUACAAUCAUUUCAUUCAUUCCACGCAUUCAUCCAUCAAAAGAUUCCUCACGCGAUCAUAUCGAAAGCUUUCAUGGAGCUCCAGCGAACUUAAAUCAACAAAACAAAUCUCAUCGAAAAUAUCCUCUGGAGCGAAUCCACCACCUGGAACAUCUUGAUCGUCAACUGCUCAUGUCAUUUCAAUAUGGCAUUCAAUUUCAACUGGUCGCCUUUAACGGCAGAUGCGGAAUUUUAUCAAAGAGCUCAGGAAAUGCUCACGGCAGCUCUCAAUAAAUCACCAAAACCUCCGAUUAUAAAGGAUGAUAUUCUAGUCAAUGAGUUAAACUUGGGUUCGGUACCUCCAGAUCUGGAAAUAUUAGAGAUUGGGGAUUUGGCAGAGGAUAGGUUUAGGGGUAUCUUUAAGAUGUGCUAUUCUGGAGAUGCUUUCUUGACUUUGAAAACACGAGUUCAGGUAUGUUUGUUACUGUCAUCAUCAUCAUCUUCUUCAUCAUCAUCAUCAUCAUCAUCAUCAUCAUCAUCAUCAACAACACCACCUCAUAUGACAUAUCUUGACGCACAUCCCCUCCACUGUCCCACUUUUGGAUGAACAUUUUGUCACACGAUAAAAUGAGGUGUCAUUGCAGAAUUCUCGGCGCGCAUAGAGGGGAUUUCGCGUUCCAUUUUUACCACCCGACGCAUAUCACACGCUUAACAUGGUUAUAACACAUGGCUAACAAAUCAACCUAGGCUAACCCGCUGAAUAAUCAUUUAUUCUCAAAACCGUCAUUCACGUCUCCACAACCCCUCGCGGCAGAUGCGGGUCUCACGAUUCCAUUGCAAAUCACCUUGUCAGAAAUCAAACUAUCCGCCUUCAUCAUAGUGGUAUUUUCCAAGCAGAAAGGAUUAACAUUGGUCUUCCGAAAUGACCCACUUGAAUCUCUCAAGGUCUCUUCCACUUUCGACUCGAUACCAUUCAUCAAGGAUUAUUUACAGAAGGAAAUUGAACAACAGUUGAGGACCUUGAUGAUGGAUGAGUUACCUGCUAUUAUUCAUAGGUUGUCAUUGAGAUUAUGGUGUCCGGAAUAUAGAGGAAAGGAAGAUCAAGAGAUGGCUGAAGUUGCAAAGAAAACGAAAGACGAAGUAGCCGUUGAUCCAUUUGCAAGCCCACCACAAGAUGCGGUCGAUGCACGUGGAAAUGUUCUAGAUGCAACCGAAAUAUCCAAUUUAUCAUUAGAUGGUGGGUCAGAGAUCCACUCACUGUUCUCACAAAAGAACCUUCUUAGGUUGGCCGCACUCACAAACUCUCAUCGAACUUUGUCACUUUUCACUCCUUCUAUUCGAGAUGCUGUCUUUCGAGCAUGGGCGCCAUCAGAAAGAGGUGAUUCGGCUGGAACAACUACACCUGCAACUACUUCACUUCACAGACCACAAUCAUCCCUUGGAGGUCAAAGCACUACCUACACAUUUUCAAAUAGAAGUUCUGAUGAUGGACAUGGUGGUAUGCCAUCUAGACCAUCAUUGGUCAACAUGAGUUCGGCUACAACAGGAUUAAGCCUUGGUGCGAAUCGAGGUUCGAGGUCACACACCACAAGAAAGAAGAAGAACAGAGUGGUGAACUUGAGAAAAUCUAAAACUACAGAUGAUGUUAGCGAGAGUGGCGAAAGUGAAACUGCUUCAAUAACUGCAGCAUCUGAACCAAUCGUUCCAUCCCGUAUUCCAGAAGAGCCGGAAGAUAUUCCUGUCACUCCACCACCCGGAAAGGUACGAUUUAAUAGUAUCGACCUUGGAGAUUCACCAAAGAAACUACAACCAUCUCGUUCUAUGACCCCAGAACAAGGAAACAUGAAACAAAUUCCAACACUCACUGUGGAACCUUCUACUCCAAUCCAUUCAGCAAACCAGAAGCGUCCCGCUUACAAUCAAUCAAGCUUUACAUCAUACAUUUCAGAGAAGUCAGCAACUACUCCACCACAUACACAAUUCUCAUAUCCACAUGGUCUUCACUUCUCUGCAACUGAAUCGCCAUCUGGAAUUCUUGAACAAGCCUGGAUUAUGAAGAUGGCAUCUGAACUAGCUCGUCGUCGACAUGAUGAUAAAACUGCUCGUGAAGGAUUUUGGUCUACAUCAAGCAAUGGUGAUGAUGCUCCACCUGCUUAUGAACCUAAAGCCUUGUAAUGUAGGCUAUAUUACAUUCAACGACACACACGUGUACAACAUCUCACCUCUUUCUUUUGUUCAACAUUUUUACAGGAGUAUGAUGGGAAAAUAAUGGACUUUACGAACACUCCACUCUUUUGUGUUUCUGGAAGUACCUAAUAUUGAUAAACUUUGGUGCUGCGAUUUAGCGAGUUUUUUUUCCCAACUGGACAAAGAAAGGGCUGUACCUCAUGGGAGGUUUGGCCUGAUUUGAAUGAAUGGUUUGGUUUUGGUUAGGGUUGGUGGGGGAUUAGGAAUUGAUCUCGAGGGUGAUUUUCGGUAGCAGGUUUACAAAAGUUGGUUCUUGGGGUCUCUUUCGUCUUUGAGCGAUUUGGUAAAAUGGGGUUGUAGAGUCCUGAUUUUUGAGUGGUGAUAUUGUGGAAGCAGAGAAGUCGAUGGUGUUUUUGAAUUGUAUAUACAUGGGACUUUAUGAUUCCCUCCUUUUCUUACAGAUCGUUUUGGGCGAUACUUCUCAAGAACUAACGAAUUUCUUUUGUCUUUUGCCGUUCGCUGUCUACUUUUUACAAUUGGGAGAAAUAGAGAAGAGAAGAGAAGAGAAGAGAAGAGAAGAGAAGAGGGGAAAAGAAAGAGGAUGGGGUUAGAAUAAAUGUUGAGUAUAGUUAAGUUGGAAUUAGAUGAAGAUUGAGAUUGAGAUAUCUUGUGUUUUUGUAUAUUUGUUUUGGUAUCAUUUAAGUGUUUUUUGUAUGAUUAUUGAAUGAGAAUUGAAAAGAGUUUGAGGAAAUCUUGAGGGAUAAGACUAAUUAGAUGAGAGGAGA